AUGAAACACGUUUGUAAGCGCUUCAACAUGAACACAAACUGCAAAUGCCAAAGCGGCCCGGCAUGCGACAGGCUUUCCAACCCCAUCCUCUUCAACAUCCUCAGCCACAUGGACUCUCACCAAAGCACUCCCUCCGUCUCCCACUGGUGCAACUGCGAAUCACGGCGGACUGUGGUGCUCAAAAGGCCGACGGAGGUCUGCAAAGAGGCUUCAGUCGUGCUUGUGAAGACUGUCCACUUCAUGAAGAAUCUCCCGGCAUUCAACCAGCUCCCAGGCCGAGACCGUGGAGUCCUGCUGGAGCACUGCUGGGCCCCACUCUUCAUCCUGGGUCUGGCUCAGGAGCGCAUGGACUUUGAGGUCACGGACACUGCGGCUGAUAGCAUGUUGAAAAAGAUCCUACUGAACCGACAGCAUGGGCCUGGAGUUGAGAGGGAGCAGCCAACCGCAGCUGCUGUCAGAAAACUCAAGACCUGCCUCAAAAGAUUAUGGAACUUAGACCUGAGCCCGAAGGAGUACGCUUAUCUGAAGGGCACCACAAUAUUCAACCCAGAUGUCCCGGAGCUGAAAGCCGGCCUGCUCGUGGCAGCGCUGCAGCAGGAAGCUGAAAACGCGCUCAGUGAGGUGGUACACAUGCUCCACAUGGAGGAAAGGGAUCGCUUUGGGCACAUUCUCCUCAUGGCUUCCUCGCUCCGCUCCAUCAGCCCACACCUCCUCACAGAGCUGUUCUUCAGGCCAGUGAUUGGCUCUGCGGACCUGCUGCAGCUCAUGGCCGACAUGCUCUUCUAA